GUGACUCCGGCAGCUCAGUCACAGCAGAUACCGGCCGCUCAAUCACGUACACCUGUCCAAGCGGAGGUAGCAAGGCUCUUUGCGCCAUAUAACAUUGGAGCCAGAAGGAAUAUGACGAGACGACCAGCACAAGUCCAAGUUAGCCGAAGAAGCUACACACACACUGUCUGUUGUUUGGCUGACCACAAUGCGGAUAAAAUUCCAAGCGUACUGUUUAAAGCUGAACUUCUUACUUCAGGACUUGGAGAGCAAAAAGUAACAUUUUCAGGGAAUGACCACGAUCCCAUGGUUAUAACAAAUAAACUGAUGGAAGUGUUUCCGAAGCUCCAACAAGGGGGAGGCUUUGAAUUUCUAAAACUUGUAGGAUCUACUCGCAGUCUAAAUCUUGCGUUGCUUCAGUGUCCCAGCACUGGAUACACCCUUGCCUAUCUGAAAGAUCCAUCGACGAUGAUUGGACAGGCUACAAUCUACAUACGUCCACUUCAACAGGAUCUACCCUUAGAUUGUGAGAGCUCACGUCCUGCCUCUGGUCCAGUCAUCCCCUGCAUCACUUGUCAGAAGGAAGUUCCCUUUUCAGAGAUGAAGCUGCACAGAUUGAGCUGCAAUGGGACACCCAUGCAGGAAUCAGAAAGAGAACAAGAGGGAGGCCAAAGUGAAGAAAAUGAUAGUGAGACAGCCCUAGUCAGUGACAGUGUUCCAGUGAGGCCUGAAACAUCAGCUGAGAGUGCAGUAGUACCGGCAGUGAUUGUCAACGAGGAGUUGGAUCGCAAAGAAACAGACAGUGAAUGGAAGCUUAUUAAAGAACCCACUCAAGCUGCCAAAGUUUUCAAAGAGAAUCUGCUAAGGGAACAUGCAACUGGGAAACCACUUAGAAUGAAGAUGGAUGUAAGGGACUCUGAAGAGGACAGGGAACGGGAGCUUCUCUUAUUCUAUAAACAGCAGCAAGAAUGGGCAUGUCCACUUCAUUGUACUCUGGUUGGUGAUGUUGCUAUCGGAGAGGGAGUGAUGCGGUACUUUAUGACAACAAUCAUAUCCAAACUCCAGUUUGGAUUCAGUCUAGAUCUUGGAGGAAUGGGCCGAACACUGCUAUUUGAGGGUGAACCUGACCAUCUUGUUCCAGCAGCAUCAGAGGCACUUAUUGAAAGCAACCUCUUCCGGGUUGCAGGAAGGAUGUUGGGCCACACCUUUCUGCAUGAUGGUCCCCAUGUCACAGGACUAAGUCCUGCUGUAAUUCAUGUACUGUUCAAUGGGGACCCUGAAAUGGCUACUGUUGUUACAGAAGAGUGUCCUGAUCUGCACAUCAGGAGCAUCAUAGAACUGCUUGAACAUGAAGAUCUUACACCGGAACAGAAGGACACAGUUUCAGAUCUUUCCAUGUCUUGGGAUCUUCCGGCAGUCACCAAAACAAAUCGGAGAUGGCUACAUAACAAACUUCUACUCCAUGCAGUCGUUGGGAGGACCAUGCGCCAAAUUAAACAGUUGAGAAAGGGACUGAAAGAUGUGAUGGUAUGGCCUCUGCUGACAUCUAGGCCGGAUGUUGUACCACUUCUUUUCCCCAAAAUGGCUGAAAUGCAGUUCACACCCCAGAUGCUCCUAGAAAAAAUCACAUGGCCAGUUGAGGACAGUGAUGAUGAAGACUUUGACUUAGACACCACCUGCCGCAUCACUGGCUUUCUAAGGAUGUUCAUUGAAACAGCUUCAUCAGGUACCCUGGCCCAGCUGCUGACAUUCUGGGUUGGCUGGGAGAUGCUUCCUCCUGAACUGAGAGUGGAGAUUUCUGGGGGAACCCUUCCUACGUCCUCCACAUGCUUUGAAACCCUAAAGCUGCCAGCUCAUUUCAAACUCUACAUGGACUUUGAGAAAGCACUUGUCGCUGCCAUAAAAAGUACCGGAUUUGGGCUUGUUUAAGUUUUUUCAGACGUCAAUUAGGGCUGGGCAAUAUUUUAAUAUUAUAUCUAUCGUGAUAUAAGACUAGAUAUCGUCUUAAGGUGCUUUUCCAUUACCAGUACCUACUUGAC